AUGCAGCUCUUCCUACUGCCGUCGCUGCUGCUCUUGCUGGCCUCCGCGGGCCAUGCCGCCUCCAUUCCCCGGGCGUGCUCGGACACCGAGCACCAAAAGUUCCCCUUCUGCGACGCCUCGCUGUCCACUUCCGAGCGCGUGGAGGACCUGCUGCGUCGCCUGCCGCUGGACGAGAAGGUGACGCUGCUCACGGCGCGUGCCAGUCCCAAGGGCAACAUGAGCAGCAUCGGCCUGCCCGAGUACAACUGGGGCGCCAACUGCGUGCACGGCGUGCAGUCGACGUGCGGCACCAACUGCGCUACGUCCUUCCCGAACCCCGUGAACCUCGGCGCCAUCUUCGACCCGCAGGCCGUGUUCGACAUGGCGCAGGUCAUCGGCUGGGAGCUGCGCGCGCUGUGGCUCGAAGGAGCCCGAGAGAACUACGCCGCAGGUCCGCACCUGGGUCUGGACUGCUGGUCGCCCAACAUUAACAUCAACCGAGACCCGCGGUGGGGACGCAACAUGGAGACCCCGUCGGAGGAUCCGCUGGUCAACAGCAAGUACGGCGUGGCCUACACGAGGGGCCUGCAGGAGGGCAAGGACAAGCGCUUCCUGCAGGCAGUCGUGACGCUGAAGCACUACGCCGCGUACUCGUACGAGCACUACGACGGCAUCGACCGCAUGGCGUUCAACGCCCAAGUGUCGAGAUACGACUUCGCAGACACGUACUUGCCGGCCUUCCACGCCUCGGUGGUGGAGGGUAAGGCAAAGGGGGUUAUGUGCUCGUACAACAGUGUGAAUGGGAUGCCCAUGUGUGCCAACGAGCAGUUGAACACCAAGUUGCUGCGUGAGGCGCUGGGCUUCGAUGGAUACAUCACCAGUGAUUCGGGUGCGAUUGAGGGCAUCUACCGGCAGAGACACUACACAAAGUCGCUGUGCGAAGCUGGUCGGUUGGCGAUUAUGUCCGGAACGGAUGUUAACAGCGGCAGCGUGUACAAGAAGUGUCUCGCGGACCUCGUCACCAGUGGUCAGCUUCCUGAGAAAGCUGUGGAUGACGCGAUGCGCAGGACCCUCAAGUUGCGCUUCGAGCUGGGCUUGUUCGACCCCAUUGAUGACCAACCGUACUGGCACGUUGCUCCUAGCGAAGUGGGCAAGACCGAAUCCAAGCAGCUGAGUCUCGAGCUGACGCGCAAGUCGAUCGUUUUGCUUCAGAACCACGGCAACGUCUUGCCCCUAAGGAAAGGAAAGAAACUGGCGGUGAUUGGACCCCAUGCGAAGGCCAAGCGUGCUCUGCUGGGGAACUACCUGGGCCAAAUGUGCCACGGCGACUACCUGGAGGUCGGAUGUGUGCAGACGCCGUUGGAGGCGAUCACCGCUGCCAACGGCGCUUCAAACACUGUGUACGCCAAAGGUUCCGGUAUCAACGACACGUCUACCGCAGACUUUGACGCGGCUGAAGCGGCUGCACGUGGAGCGGAUGCUGUGGUCUUGUUCUUGGGGAUUGACACCUCCAUCGAGCGUGAGGCGUGGGAUCGCGAAAACAUCGACAUGCCCAACAUUCAAAUGCAGUUGCUCAAGCGAGUCCGCCGUGCAGGCAAGCCGACGGUGGUGGUGCUCUUUAACGGCGGCGUGGUCGGCGCAGAAGAGCUCAUUUUGCAUACCGACGGUGUCGCGGAGGCGUUCUACCCCGGCUUCUUUGGUGCACAAGCUGUGAGUGACAUUCUGUUUGGCGAUGCCAUCCCAAGCGGCAAGCUUCCUGUGACCAUGUACCCGUCCAACUACAUCAACAGCGUGGACAUGAAGAGCAUGAGCAUGACCAAGUAUCCGGGCCGCUCGUACCGGUACUACAAGGAGGUGCCUGUGUUUCCGUUUGGUUGGGGGCUCAGCUACACUAAGUUCACGUUGGCUCUCGACGGUGAGAUGCCGGACGAUCCCAUUGUAAUCACACGUGACUUGGACCAGACCGUCACGGUUAUCGUGUCGAAUGACGGUGAUCUUGUCGGGGAUGAGGUCGUGUUCGCAUUUUUCCGUCCACUGAACGUCAACGCGACUGGCGACGCUGCUCUGCUGAACGAACAGUUGUUUGACUACCGUCGCGUGAGUCUUCGCCCCACGCAGUACCGCAAACUGACCUUCCGCAUCCAGCAAAGUACCCUUGCGAUGGUUGACGACUCGGGUAACAAGGCCAGCUUCCCAGGCUUUUAUGAGGUCAUCAUCACGAAUGGAGUUCACGAGCGCGUGACCUUCGCCAUUCACUUGGUUGGCAAGUACGAGACGCUGAAUGUUUUCCCGACGGAUGAGGGCUACAUCUCACCGCAAACCCAACGUGAUACGGAAACCUUCAGUGACAUCCAGCUUGAUGCGGCUUUUGAUAACGUCCCUGUGCGCCCGCGCGAGGAGCAGCAGCCUGCUGUCGCUGUCGCGAUGGCAUUUGACUAA